AUGGAAAAACUUCAAGUUCGAGAUUACGUCGCUUUUGGUCAACUCGCUUUCGAGUGGGCCGAUAGCUGUGAUAUAAAGGUCCAGUUGAUGAGCCCAAAGCUCGAUUUCCGUUCUAGAGGCCUCUUCCUGACUUUCUACAGGACUGGGAUAGACUGCGCAAUAUCCUUGCCCCCCACACUGCUGGUGGACUAUAGUAUGAUUGGACAUGAACGUCUCCCGAAAGUGAGUGCGGAGGAUUUUGUUGCGAUGAUUGCGUCUCCCAAACUCCUUGGCCAUCCCCUGGUGCGCACUCAAAACUUGAUCGGCGCCGUGAGAUAUAACCCCGUGUGUGACGAGGAAAUCGGUGCGAGCUAUCAGAUUCGUGCGGCGCAUCAGAGAUACGAAGAUCCGGACCACACUUCUGUCACCCUUCGUGGCCAUGGAUAUGGGAAGGUGACACAUUGGUAUAAGAAAAUGGAUGGGGACUGGAAACUCUCCGGAAUCCGCCUCGAAAUGUACUGGAGCGAGGCGUCCGGAUCUGCCUCGGACGGGCGUCAUGCGAUCGCUGAGUUCGCCCACUACCAUCCAACCGAUCCAGUGGACGUGAUUAUUGCCGACUUUAUGAGCGAGUUUAACAUGGCUACUGCUGCCGGUCGGCGUGUGAACCAGGGAACCGCGCCCCAGAGCUCAACGCCGGCAUAUGAUCUGUAG